GCUGGGAAACCAAAAUAUCCGUCUCUAAUUAAUUGCGCGCGACACUGAUUCCGCAAUAACUGCGGAAGCUUAACGAUAAAGAGAGGCGAGAGCUUUAGUCAUCAUCCACCAAGUACAAGAAUAUCCGGAAAAGGAAUUCAGAUAAAGCCGUAACGUCGAUGUUGGAUUUCCAAAUGACGCUACUCAUUGAAGUGUCGUUAAAUGGUCUUGUCCGAUUCUGAAUUGUCCGUUUCUGAAUUCUUCGAAUUUAAAACAACUGUAAAGUUAGUCGUGUAGCUGCACAAAAUGGGUAUUUUCCAAUUCGGGCGGAGCGAGGAUUUUUCUGCGAUAUAUUCUUCACAUCACACUGCGGUGACGGUGGACGUGAUUGAAACCAUAUUCGUUGCAGUCUUUAUCAUCAUCUCGAUCGCUUAUAUUGGUAUCAUACCAGGUUACCGCAAGAGGGAAAGCAUCUACAUGGCCAUAAAGGUUGCUUUAAGCAUCGUUAUCGGAUGCCUGCUAAUCGUAGAGAAUUUUGGUCAGAAAUGGGAAUAUGGUAGCGCGAGGGGCAAAACGCCCUAUCGGGCCGGCACAGGUCAACAAAUCGAUGCCCAAAUGGAAGUCAAGAUAGGACUAAGAUCGGUGAAUAUCACUCUGAAAGCCAAUCCGGAAGAAAAUACGACGCUAGCAAAGGAAAAGAUCGAUUACAACGAAAGAUUUCCUUGGACAUGGGACCAGGGUAGAAUCGGUUUUGGGCCUUACGCCGGACUGCUACAGAGGACCUUCCGCGAAGGCCAGAGGAAAGGCUUGCCUAUUCCAAUUUUAUGGAUUGCCGAGUAUUUCGUUAUCGACGGGGAAGGCUUUCGAUUCGGGCGGUUCUAUCGAACAGCCGGCUGGUACUGUCACAUCUUGCUUUGGACAGCUUUCGCUUGCUGGAUUCUAGCUAAUAUAUUCCUGCAGUCCGUGAGUCGAUACGCCGCUUACUUAAUCGGCAUAAUCGGCAGCUUGCAGUUGUUGACUUGCCUCGUAUGGGUUUCUGUGCACAAUCCGACUCCACUUGUGAUCCCUUUCGAUAAAGAAGAAAUCAGGAUGGCGUUGGGCGCGCACUUCUGGAUGACCUUCGGAUGUGGUGUACUCUGUGUUCUUCUGGCGGUCAUAAUGAUAUUCAUGGAUCUACGUUACCCCAAUACAUUGUCCAUAUUUUUAGAAAUAGACCCACUCGGCCAGUACGACGAAUUAGUAAUGCGAGGUAACCAAGUGGAUGAUGUAUUACACAGAAAAGUUCACAUGGAUAGCUCGAUGGAAAUGUCUUCACUGCAUGACAGAAACACUGGAAUGAUGGUAUUAAAGAGACGAACUACCAUAGAGAAUGUGCAAAGAUCGCUCUUCCGCGCGCCAGUACCAAUGAAGAUUUACGACGACGUGGUUAUUUACGAGAAUCAGGCAAUAGCUGGGUAUGCUCGUUCAUUUCUUAAUAUAGAAAAUAAUUCAACAGUUAAAGGUACAAUCGUCUCGAAGUAUUAUUUUUCAGAGAGAGACAUAUUUCCUUCCGUACGAUCCAUCGUUUGUACAUAUUAAUGUUGAUGUUGUUACAGUGCACUUAAA